AUGAGGUUUAAUAUCAUCUUCUGUGCCCCAUCAAUUCGAGGUGAAUUAGAAGCAGUAUUGAUGUCAACUCGCAGUGUGCUGCUGCUCUAUGGGAUAUGGCCCUACCGGACCUUCAAGAAGCUGGGAAUUCCCGGUCCACGGCCUCUGCCCUUUCUGGGAACUUUCCUGGAGUACCGGCAUGGAAUCCACCAUUUUGAUCAGAUGUGCUUUGAAAAGUAUGGAAAAAUCUGGGGGUUUUAUGAUGGCAGGCAGCCUGUGCUGGCUGUUUUGGAUCCCAUCCUCAUCAAAAACAUCCUGGCAUUAAGUGAUGAAGAGAUUCUGGCCCAGGCUCUUAUCUUUGUCUUUGCUGGUUAUGAGACCACCAGCUGCACCCUCAGCUACAUGGCCUAUAACCUGGCCAUCCACCCUGCCGUGCAGCAGCGGCUCCAGGAUGAGGUCGAUGCAUACCUGCCCAACAAGGCCACUCCCAUGUACAGCACCAUCACACAGAUGGAGUACCUGGACAUGGUGGUGAACGAAUCCAUCUGGCUCUACCCUGCUGGGGGACGGCUCGAGAGGGUCUGCAAGGAGACGGUGGAGAUCAGUGGUGUGACGAUUCCAGAGGACAUGGUGGUCAUGAUCCCGGCCUUCGUGCUGCUCCGUGACCCGCAGUACUGGCCAGAGCCCGAGGAGUUGAGGCCUGAGAGGUUCAGUAAAGGGAACAAAGAGCGUCUUGACCCCUACACCUUCCUGCCAUUCGGGGCUGGCCCCAGGAACUGCAUAGGAAUGAGGUUUGCUCACCUUGUCAUGAAAGUGGCUGUGGUCGUCCUGUUGCAAAACUUCUGCUUCAGAACCUGCAAAGACACACCGAUCCCGCUGGUUCUGGACUUGAGGGGUUUCAUACAACCAAAGAAGCCCAUUGUCCUGAAGAUGGUCCCCAGAGCCCAGGCUGACCCGAAGAAGUGA